CAUUUUGCUUGAACUACUUUGUAAGAUAACUAAAAAUAGUAAAACUUGCAUCUUAGUUUGGUUUGUCCCUCCAAAUUCGGGGCUUUUAGAGGUUGUAGGAAAUGAACAAGUCACCCUUUGAAUAACAAUGAGAAAGAAUAUAGGAGAAAAUUGUGCUCCUCGCUCUAACAUUCUUUAGACAAGAAAUUAAAACCCAUACCCAAAAUGUUGUCAAUUAACAAGAUUAAUACGGGGAUUUAAACAUGUAAUUUUAAUUUCAAACAUAGUAAUGGAAAGAUCGAUUGCCACUUCAUCGCUUCAUUUGUCACAAAUCCCAUGCAUGCUGAUUGUACGGUCUACUUGUGACUCUUGGUGACUUCACCACAACAUUUACCUCCACAAAAUUUUCAAUGAAAAAUGAAUUUGAUACAAAAAAUUUCAAUCUUAUUUUGUUGGGGCUGAGAAGAAAAUGAAAGUCUUUGGUUCAAUCCUUCUUUUAGCUUCCCUUCAUUGAGACGAGAAAAAGGGAGAGAAACAUUGUAAGAUUCAUACAAUUUGUUCAUUUCCGCAUCAUUUUUUCUUUUUUUUCGCAUAAUCAGUUCUCGGCAACAUUGAACUACAACAAUGGUAUGACAUUUUUCUUUCAAAGUAGUCAUGAUUUCUUGCACACAACCGUAAUUAUACUCUAGUGAUCAGUUUAAACAUAUAUAUCAUGUUAAUUGUAACGUGUAAAAGAAGUUACACGCGAUGAACAAGGAGCAAAGUGGUGUUCUAAGGGCAUGGGAGGCCACCGUGCGCAAAACACAAGCGGCAAAAAAACGUGCAAAUAGCAUUUUCGGGACAAUUUCUCUGGCAAGUGCAGCGGACGAUGAUCUUGAAGAUGAUAACGAUAAAAGAAUAAGCAUCUCAGGGGAAGAACACUUGGCAGAGAAAAUUCUACCUAAUGGGGAUUAUUACACCGGGCAGUGGUGUGAUAAUUUUCCAAACGGGCAAGGGAAAUAUCUAUGGACUGACGGGUGCAUGUACAUAGGAGAGUGGCAUAGAGGCAAACCUAUGGGGAGGGGAAGGUUUAGUUGGCCCUCUGGUGCUACUUAUGAAGGGGAGUUCAAAAGCGGAUAUAUGGAUGGCAAUGGUAUAUAUACGGGAUCCAAUGGGGAUACUUAUAAGGGACAAUGGGUGAUGAACUUGAAACAUGGCCAUGGCGUUAAGCAUUAUUCAAAUGGAGAUUGGUAUGAUGGGGAAUGGCGUCGCGGUUUGCAAGAAGGACAUGGGAAGUAUCAAUGGCAGAAUGAGAACCAUUAUGUAGGGGAGUGGAAGAAUGGUGUGAUUUUUGGCAAGGGGACUUUUGUAUGGAGUAAUGGGAAUAAGUAUGAUGGCUAUUGGGAAGAUGGUAUUCCAAAAGGAAAUGGAACUUAUCAUUGGCCUGAUGGAAGCUUUUACGUAGGAAAUUGGAGUAUAGAUCCAGAUGAACAAAAUGAGACAUAUUACCCUUCAGAAUCCUCCUUAGCUGCAAAUCUUGAAUGGGAUCCUAAAACUGUGUAUGACGACUUGGCUGACUGCAAGAUUUACCCUGGAGAAAGGGUUCCGAUUUUGCCAUCACAAAAGAAACUUGCAAUAUGUUAUUCAACCAAGGGUGGAAACAAACCAAGGAGAAUGUCAGUUGAUGGGAGAGUAAGCGUAGGCAUAGAAAUGCCAUUUGAUAAAAUGAACAUGUGGGAGAGUGAUGGUGAUAGCAUUGAUUUAGGAGAAGUGAGGAGAUCAUAUUUGGAUUGUGAGUUGUUAGGUACUGUACAUCAUGACGAUACAAACCAUAAGUUUAACCUCGAAUUGCCAUUGAAAGUGCCAAAGCCGGGAAAAAGGCAAGGAGAAACAAUAUCCAAAGGACACAAGAACUAUGAACUUAUGCUCAAUCUUCAAUUAGGAAUCAGGCAUUCAGUAGGAAGACCUGCUCCAGCCACAGCUCUUGAUCUUAAGGCUUCAGCUUUUGACCCCAAGGAGAAAAUAUGGACAAGAUUUCCUCCAGAAGGGAGCAAAUAUACUCCACCACACCAAUCUUCUGAAUUUAAAUGGAAGGAUUAUUGUCCUGUAGUUUUCAGGACUUUGAGGAAGUUGUUCAAGGUGGACCCUGCAGAUUACAUGAUAUCUAUUUGUGGAAACGAUGCACUUAGGGAACUGUCUUCCCCUGGUAAAAGUGGUAGCUUCUUUUACUUGACCGAUGAUGAUCGAUACAUGAUAAAGACAAUGAAGAAGUCAGAAGUUAAAGUGCUUUUAAGGAUGCUUUCAGCCUACUAUAAUCAUGUUAGAUCCUUUGAGAACACUUUGGUGAUAAAAUAUUAUGGCUUGCACUGCGUAAAGUUAACUGGGCCAACUCAAAAAAAGGUACGGUUCAUUAUUAUGGGGAACCUCUUACGCUCCGAGUAUACAAUUCACAGACGCUUUGAUUUGAAAGGAUCUUCUUUAGGACGCAUAACAGAGAAGCCCGAGUCCGAGAUCGAUGAUACAACAAUACUUAAGGAUCUUGAUCUGAAUUUCAUAUUCAAACUGCAGAAAACUUGGUUUCAAGAGUUUUAUAGGCAAAUAGAUAAGGAUUGUGAGUUUCUUGAACAGGUGGGAACUAUGGACUAUAGUCUUCUGGUGGGUCUUUACUUUAGAGAUAUAUCAGCUAAUGGAGAGCUAAUUCCUUGUGGAAGACGUACGUACUCCAUCUUUCUUAACAUUUUUAAUGAAUCAGCUCCUCGUCUUUCUAGAGCAGAGAUGGAUCAACUUCUUCUAGACCCUAAGAGGUGGGGUAGCAUCAAGCUGGGAGCCAACAUGCCAGCGCGAGCAGAAAGAACUAUUAGAAAACCUGAAUGUGAAUUAUUGCAGCUCGUGGGUGAACAAACAGGGGAAUGUUACGAAGUGAUAAUGUUCUUCGGCAUCAUUGACAUACUUCAAGAUUAUGACAUUACUAAGAAGCUUGAACACGCAUAUAAAUCCAUCCAUUAUGAUCCUACUUCAAUAUCAGCUGUGGAUCCAAAGCAGUACUCUAAGCGAUUCCGAGACUUCAUAUUUAAAGUUUUUGCUGAAGAUACUUAGGACGUUGAUUUCAGCUUUGAAGACGGAGCUUUUAUUUGUUGUAGCCAUUGUUAUCAACAUCAUGUCAUCUCAUGUAAUUGAAUUCAGCACCAAUUUUUCCAAGAAUGUCAACUCUUUCAGUCAACCUGUAGCCUUGAUUAAUGAAUAUGUAUUGCUAUAUGCAUAGAA